CGUCACCCGCUCCGCGAGUGACCACAACAUGGCUGCGGCGCCGGGGCUGCUGCUCUGGCUGCUCCUGCUCGGGCCGCCCUGGCCGGUGCCGGGCCAGCCGGAGCCGGCCCCCGGCCGGCGCUUCUCGCAGGACAAAGUCUGCGCGGACGAGGAAUGCAGCAUGUUAAUGUACCGCGGCGAGGCUCUGGAAGAUUUUACAGGACCGGAUUGUCGCUUUGUGAAUUUUAAAAAAGGUGACCCUGUAUAUGUCUACUAUAAACUGGCAGGGGGAUCACCUGAAGUUUGGGCUGGAAGUGUUGGGCGUACUUUCGGAUAUUUUCCAAAGGAUUUAAUCCGAGUAGUCCAUGAAUACACCCAAGAAGAGCUACAGGUUCCAACAGAUGAGACAGAUUUUGUUUGUUUUGAUGGAGGAAGAGACAAUUUUGAUAAUUAUAAUGUCGAAGAACUUUUAGGGUUUUUGGAAUUGUAUGAUUCGGCGCCUGGAGACUCUGAGGAAGUUCAAGAAAAAACUUCUCAGCAGGUGGAAGAACCUCCUGAAGCGUCCGAGGAAAGUGACCCUGAACCUGAACCAGGAGAACCCAGCUCGCAGGAAAGUGAAAGUGUAUUCUCAGAAAACACUGAGGAACCCAGGGAAAGACAGGAGGCUCAGAAGAGCCACCCUCAUGGAAGCAGUCAAACAGAUCCCGCUCAGGGAGAGCAGUCUUCUUUCGAACCUUUUGGAGAAAUGCUGCAAGAUAAGUUAAAAGUGCCAGAAAGCGAACGCAGCAAAACCAGCAAUAGUUCUCAGGUCUCCAAUGAGCAGGAGAAGAUUGAUGCUUAUAAACUUCUGAAAACAGAAAUGACUCUGGACUUGAAAACCAAAUUCGGCUCAACUGCCGACGCAUUUGUAUCUGACGAUGAGACAACCAGAUUUGUUACCUCCUUAGAGGACGAUUUUGAUGAGGAGCUGGAAGGUGAGUACUACACCGUGGGGAAGGAAGAAGAGGAGAACAAAGACGGCGUGGACGACCUCCCACUACUCACCUUCGUGGAUGGAGAAGAUCCAGCUCCGGCGAAGUCUGGCGUUGAGAAGCAUCCAACAGAGAAAGAGCAGACUUGGAAGGAAGCCAGUCGGGCUGGGGAGACUCAGCCCCCCGGCAUCCAGUACGGUGAGAAAAAUGCAGAGGAAGAUAGCACCUUCUCCGUGGUGGCAGAAGGUGAGGAAAACACAGGUGCGGAUUUGGAGACUUGGGAUUCGAAGGAAGCAAAGGCUGGUGAUGAAGCAUCCGUCCCGGGUCGCAACGUGGGGACAGCACGACCAGCCUCGGCUUCUGGCGACCCCGAAGAGGCAGCCGAUGGCCUUCGGAAGGUGGAAGUCCCCAGAAGCAGUCAAGACCAGGACCCAGAGGCGCCCGCAGAACUUCACGUUCAAGGGCAAGGGCGGGAGGCCGAGCGGCCGGGGAGGGACCUGGCGGCGCGGGAGGCAGCGGGAUUAGAGGACAAGACGCGCCGAAGCGGGAGCCGGCACGCUUCUGCCCAGAGCGGCCACCCCAGCCCUCCGCCCGCCGCCAAAGAGGAUGCAGAGACAUUUCUAUCGGCCUUUGCCAGCAAAGAGAAUGACCUGGAAGGAGCCGCUGUUCAUAUCUCGAAAGACUGGCCCGGGAAGGAACAGCCCGGAGCACAGCGGUUGGAAGGCGGCUCGGAGGGCGCCUCGGUGGCUAGAGCUGCAGGGAUCCCGGGGGCCGAGCGGGAGCUUGGACAGGCCCCCUCGGGGAUCGCAGCGCCCCGGACCGACAGUCAGCCUGAUGCUUCCAGGGCCCGCGGGGAGGAGGACGGCGGCUCAGGAAUCGGCCCAGCCCCACCGCCGCUCUCGGGGGAGCACCUGGGUGAGGACCAGCCCGGGAAAUCUCAAAACCGGACUCGAUUCUCCUCCCCCGAUGCACCUGCUCCGCCAAGAAACCCGGGGGAAGAGGGUCCCGCUCCGGGAAGCAGCCUUUCCGGGCCACAGGAAGGAGGCGCCGCCGCCGCAUUUCCCCAGCAAGGGAGCGACGACGGGGGACUCUCAGAUCAGGAGGCCGCUGAGGAUGCCCUGGAGGAGGGGCCUGCCCAUCGCCGCGAGCCCGCGGCGGCCCCGCGGGAAGCAGGGGUGACCGAGGUGCCAGGUCUCCGCCCGGAACACCCGGAAGCAGACGAGGACGAUUACGCCCCCGAAGAGCUGUUGGAGGAUGAAAACGCUGUGAGUGCGAAGCGGUCUAAAGAAAUGAGCCCCGAGGCUGAGGACGCGGGCUUAGAUGCUGACCCACAGGCCUCUGCAAAAGCGCUUUUAGGUGCUGUUCAUGCUGAUCCAGAACCUGGAGAAAACAAAGGGGAGACCAAUAAUACGGUGGAAACUGGAAGAAAAAGUGACCCUGCGGGUGAAGGCGUGGACGCACGAGGCGGGGAUCCCAGUAGUCCGGUGGUGGAAAAAGGAGGAAGCUCCCUCGUGGGUCAGAAGGGACAGAGCCCCUCUGAGGAACGCGACCUUCCCAAGAGAGCCAAUCAGACUGCAGGGUUAGGGGCCGCAUCUCAGCAUAAAGCUCCGGAUUAUUUUAACGAAGACGGCCUCCAGGAACCCCCGGGGGCGCCAGGGCUCCUGGGGAAGCCUGGGGCAGAACUCUUGAAAGAGGAUGAGGAGGACGUGGCGAAACUGGUGGACGCAGGGCUCCGGGGGUCCGCUCCUGAGGACCAGGACAGUGACCCGCCCCCCUGGGCGCCACACGCACCUGUUCAGCAGGAGCUCGGCGUCCCCCGGGAGGACUUGCCUAUAAUCGGCAGCUUCUUUAAAGAGCAGCAGUCCCUGGAGCGCUUCCAGAAGUACUUUGACGUCCAGGAGCUGGAAGCCCUGUUCCAGGAAAUGUCCUCCAAGCUGAAGUCGGCGCAGCGGGAGAGCCUGCCCUACAACGUGGAGAAAGUCCUAGAUAAGGUCUUCCGUGCUUCCGAGUCCCACAUUCUGAGCGUGGCAGAGGAGAUGCUCGACACUCGCGUGACCGAAGACAGAGACCCGGCGAUGAGGGACAGCAUCUUCAGCGAAGAGGCUGCUGUGCUCGAUGACGUUCACGAACUGAUCUAUUUUGUCAGGUACACAUACUCCGCGAAGGAGGAGGCCGCGUCCCUGGCAGCCGCGCAGCCUGCGGAGGAGGGCCGGCCUGGACCAGCAGAGGAGGGCCGGCCUGGACCUGCGGAGGAGGGCCGGCCUGGACCUGCGGAGGAGAGUUUGGCUGGACCUGCGGAGGAGAGUUCGGCUGGACCUGCGGAGGAGAGUUCGGCUGGACCUGCGGAGGAGAGUUUGGCUGGACCUGCGGAGGAGAGUUCGGCUGGACCUGCGGAGGAGAGUUUGGCUGGACCUGCGGAGGAGAGUUCGGCUGGACCUGCAGAAGACAUCCAGCCACCGCUGGAGGAGAGCGGCCCACAGGAGAGCACAGCAGCUCUUACCAUGCAGAUUCCUGAGGAGCCCAGCCGCGUGCAUCAACCCGUGACCAGGGACAUGGGUCCCUUAGAAGCGUCCCAAAAACCGGAGACUGAGAAAGCCAGAAACCCAGGGCUAUUCACAACCGAAGGCACUCCUGUUAUGGAUGCUGUUGGUGCCAAAAAGCAACUAGAAACCAGCGCUGAAGAAGCAGCCGGUGUCACGCCUUUGGACAAUGCAAUUCUUCUCAUAUGUUCAAUGGUAUUUUGUUUAACUAAGAUGCUGGUUGCUACCCUGCCUGAUGAUGUUCAGCCUGGGCCUGAUUUUUACGGACUACCAUGGAAGCCUGUACUUAUCACUGCCUUUUUAGGAAUUGUUUCAUUUGCCAUUUUCUUCUGGAGAACCAUUCUUGUUGUAAAGAAUAGAGUAUAUCAAGUUACUGAACAACAAAUUUCUGAGAAGUUGAAGAAUAUUAUGAAAGAAAACGCAGAACUUGUACAAAAAUUGUCAAGUUACGAACAGAAGAUCAAGGAAUCAAAGAAGCAUGUUCAAGAAACCAAGAAACAAAACAUGAUUCUCUCUGAUGAAGCAGUUAAAUUUAAGGAUAAAAUUAAGAAUCUGGAAGAAACUAAUGAAACUCUGGGUGACACAGCUAAAAGUUUGCGUGCUCUGUUAGAAUCUGAGCGAGAACAGAAUGCCAAGAAUCAGGACUUGAUAUCAGAAAACAAGAAGUCUAUUGAGAAGUUAAAGGAUGUUAUUUCAGUGAAUGCUUCAGAAUUUUCAGAGGUUCAAAUUGCCCUCAAUGAAGCUAAACUUAGUGAAGAAAAGGUGAAGUCUGAAUGCCAUCGGGUUCAGGAAGAAAAUGCAAGACUUAAAAAGAAGAAAGAGCAGCUGCAGGAAGAAAUCAAAGACUGGAGUAAGGCACAUGCCGAGCUCAGUGAACAAAUCAGAUCAUUUGAGAGGGCGCAGCAAGAUUUGGAAGUAGCUCUUACUCACAAAGAUGAUAAUGUUAACGCUUUGACUAAUUGCAUUACGCAGUUGAACUGCUUAGACUGUGAGUCUGAAUCUGAGGGUCAGAACCAAGGAGGAAAUGAAUCCGAUGAAUUAGCCAAUGGAGAAGCGGGAGGUGACCGGACUGAGAAGAUGAAAAGCCAGAUUAAGCAGAUGAUGGACGUUUCUCGGACACAAACUGCAAUAUCGGUAGUCGAAGAGGAUCUAAAACUUUUACAAUGUAAACUUAGAGCCUCGAUGUCUGCUAAAUGUACGCUGGAAGACCAAGUGAAGAAAUUAGAAGAGGAUUGUGGUUCACUGCAGGCGAGCAAAGCCACGCUAGAAGAGGAGUGCAAAACACUGAGGCAGAAAGUGGAGAUCCUGAAUGAGCUCUAUCAGCAGAAGGAGAUGGCUCUGCAAAAGAAACUGAGUCAAGAAGAGUUUGAGCGGCAAGAUCGAGAGCAGCGGCUGUCAGCUGCAGAUGAAAAGGUGCUUUUGGCAGCAGAGGAAGUAAAAACUUACAAGCGGAGAAUUGAAGAAAUGGAGGAUGAGUUACAGAAGACAGAGCGCUCAUUUAAAAACCAGAUCGCUACUCAUGAGAAGAAAGCUCACGACAACUGGCUCAAAGCUCGAGCUGCAGAAAGAGCGAUGGCUGAAGAGCGAAGGGAAGCUGCCAACCUGAGACACAGAUUAUUGGAACUAACCCAAAAGAUGGCAAUGCUGCAGGAAGAACCUGUGAUUGUGAAACCAAUGCCGGGAAGACCCAACACCCAGAACCCUCCUCGGAGAGGUCCCCUGAGCCAGAACGGCUCUUUCGGCCCAUCUCCCGUGAGCGGUGGCGAAUGCUCCCCGCCGCUGACAGCAGACCCGCCGGCAAGGCCUCUGUCGGCCACGCUCAGUCGAAGAGAGAUGCCCCGAAGCGACUUCGGGUCAGUGGAUGGGCCGCCACCUCGUCCCCGGUGGCCACCUGAGGCAUCUGGGAAACCCUCUGCCUCUGACCCAGAAUCGGCUCCCAUGAUAAACAGCAGCUCAAGAAGCUCUUCCCCCUCCAAGGUGACGGAUGAGGGCAAGCAAACUGUUCCCCAAGAGCCUGAAGGCCCGUCAGUUCCCAGCGUUGCGUCUUUGGCCGAGCAUCCAGCAGCAGUUAACAUGGCUGCCCGGGGGCCCCCUCCUUUCCCAGGGGCGCCCCUCCUGAGCUCCCCUGGGGGAGGCCCGCUGCUGCCGGCCAUUCGAUACGGACCUCCGCCUCAGCUCUGCGGGCCUUUUGGGCCCCGGCCGCUUCCUCCGCCUUUCGGUCCCGGGUUGUGUCCCCCACUAGGAUUAAGAGAAUAUGCACCAGGCGUGCCACCAGGAAAACGGGACCUGCCUCUCGACCCUCGAGAAUUUUUACCAGGACACGCACCCUUUAGACCUGUAGGCCCUCUGGGUCCAAGAGAGUACUUUAUGCCUGGUGCCCGGCUCCCUCCUCCGCCCCACGGCCCCCAGGAUUACCCCCCUUCCUCUGCUGCAAGAGACUUGGCACCUUCCGGCUCGAGGGACGAGCCCCAGCCCGCCUCCCCAAGCGCCGGCCAGGACUGUGCCCAGGCUUUAAAACAGAGCCCGUAAUCAUGACCCCGGGCGGGCAGUCCGAGACGUGGACUGCGCACCAUGCAUUACAGGCAAGGAUCUCACUGGCUUCAACAUCCAAAAGUUUAUUUUAAAAGAUUUGUUUUUAGAACUAAGCUGCCUUGGCAGUGUGCAUUUUUGAGCCAAACACUUUAAAAAAUAUCAUUUCCCCUUGAAAAUCACCUCGUGAGCUAGAGCCUCCUUACAACGUUGAAAUGUGCAAUAAAGAACACCUGUGUUUUAGUCAAUGUAGCUUAUGUAACUGCUGAUUUAGAAUGUCAUCAAAAAUAUGAACAUUUCCUGUGGAAAUGCUUUCAGAACAUGUAUUUCCAUUUAUUAUCCUCUUUUCGGUGUAUACCAGUUGAAUACAGAGCAAUGGUAUUUAUAAGCUUGAUUUUUAAAAAAUACUGGGUCCCAUCGACUGUUAUGCUAAAAAUGUUUACUAAAAGAUCACUAAACUAUUGCCUCCUUGCUGAAUUUCUUAGUAAUAGUUCAUAAAAGUUUGGUUAUUAAUA